CGCCCUGUCAUUGAAGAUAAGAGCGGCACUGCAUGAUAUUAUCUAAACAGGCUUCCAAUCUACUACAGGUUCUGGUUAAUCUUUUUGACGGUUAGUUACAUGGGUGCUUUGUCACCCUCUGAAUAUCAUUUUUCUGACCCCUUCAGUUAAAAAGACAACUGUCAAAAUUGGUUCGUUGGCCUCCUGUUUCCUGUUUCAGGCUGCAUUUCUCAUAUCAGGUUCAUCACUGAUGUACAUACAGUGACUCAGGAAGAACCUUUGUUAAAUGGCCAUUUCAAAUUCAGUAAGUUCCCAUUUCAAGCAAUCAGGACAGAGGAUACUGUAAAUAUUAGCUCUGGGAUUAAAAUUGAUAUUUGUUUAGCACAGCAUAUAAUUUCUACAUGCACCUAUAAUUUUUCAGACUGUUUUGUAUUUUUCCUGACAGACGUUCAGCCUUUGUAUUUGACAUUUGUCUUUCAUUUUUAUACAGUUGGAUUUACUAUCAGCAUGUGGAGGAUAACAUGGUGUUUACUACUACUGGCCGCUACUUGCUGGCAGAGAAGCUACACCAAAGAGAGUGAGAAUCCCCCGAGCCCUGGACAUGUGUCUGUGGUCAUUGUGGGUGGCACAGGAGACCUGGCCAAAAAAUAUCUUUGGCAAGGAUUUUUCCAUCUUUAUUCCACUCAGGUAGGCAAAGGCUACACCUUCUCCUUCUAUGGAGGGGGGCUUUCUCCAGACGAUAAGGGGACUCUGCUCCUCUUUGAAAUCCUGAAGAAGCUGAAAUGCCCAUCAGAGCUCACUGCAGAGCGCUGUGCACUGGUUAAAGAGCAGUUCCUGCGACUUUCGCAGUACCUCCAGCUCAAGACUGUGGAGGACUAUGAGAAGCUCAGUCAGCAGAUCCAGCAGCAGCUGAAGCAAGAGGGCAUGGUAGAGGCUGGUAGGCUGUUUUACAUGUCUGUCCCUGCCUUCGCCUAUGCAGACAUUGCAGCGAAGAUCAACAGCACCUGCCGGCCUCCUGCUGAUGCGUGGCUCAGGGUUGUCCUGGAGAAGCCAUUCGGCCAUGAUUUUGGAAGUGCCCAGCUUCUCGCCACACAACUGGCCAGUUUUCUUAAAGAGGAGGAGAUGUUCAGGAUUGAUCAUUACUUGGGGAAAGAGGUCGUCUCCCAGAUUCUGGCCUUCAGAAAAAAUAAUAAUAAUCUUCUAGAGCCGAUUUGGAACAAGCAUCACAUUGAGAGAAUAGAGAUUGUGCUGAAGGAGACACUAGACUGCAAAGGCCGGAUCCAGUUUUAUGACCAGUACGGGGUCAUCAGAGAUGUACUCCAGAAUCACCUUACGGAAGUCCUGACCCUUUUAACAAUGAGCGUACCUGCUAAUCUUUCCAGCAGUGAGGAGGUCCUAAAGAACAAGCUACAAAUUUUCAGCACCCUUGAGCAUCUUGAGAGGAAAAGUGUGGUUACAGGUCAAUACCAGAGCUACAAUGAAGAGGUUCAGGAGGAGCUUAAUAAAACAAAAGAUUAUAUCAGCCUAACCCCCACUUUUGCUGGUGUCAUAAUUUUUGCUGACAAUCCCCAAUAUGAUGGCAUUCCCAUAUUUAUGACCUCAGGUAAGAUGCUUGAUGAACGGGUUGCAUACGCUCGGAUUCUUUUCAAAAGUGACAUAUUUUGCGUUCAAGACUAUGAUAGUGUCAACUGCAAGCCCAAACAGAUAGUGUUUUAUCUGGGUCAUGGAGUUCUGGAAUAUCCAGCAAUUCUUGUCAGCAAAAAUUUGUUCAAGCCAUCUCUUGUGAACAGUGGUUGGAAAGAAGUUACUGAGCAUAAAGAUGUGAAUGUGCUGGGGUUACCACUUUCCGACUACUUUAUCCAGACCCCAGUCGUGCCCAAAGAGGCUUAUUAUGAGCUGAUUUCUAAAGUCUUUCAUGGACGUAAGGACAGCUUUAUUAGUACUGAGAACCUCCUGGCCUCCUGGGCUUUUUGGACACCACUGUUGGACAGUCUAGUUAGGGCCUAUCCUCGGCCAUAUCCGGGUGGUGUCGCCAAUGGUGACCUGCUGAAUUUCCAGCUGCGUGGUCGAGAGGUUGCUUUUGUUAACGAGGCAGUGGUGAAUGUGAUCCAGCAAGGCCAAGAGGAGAACUUCCAGGUCAUGCAAGGGAAGUACCGUGGUGUUGACAUGGUGUCAGCCUGGGCAACAGAGCUGGUGGAGCGCUUGGCCUCUGACCUACAAAGCGCGGCAGAAGAGGCCAUUCGUGAUGAAGGUCAGUUUCAUCUGGCAUUGUCGGGUGGAUCUAGUCCUAUUGCACUGUUUCUUCAGCUGGCUCUGCACCAGUAUACCUUCCCAUGGCAUCACACUCAUUUGUGGCUAGCGGAUGAGCGCUGUGUGCCGCCCACUGAGACGGGGUCCAACUUCCGCAUGAUUCAUGACCAGCUGCUUCAGCAUGUACGCAUUCCAUACUUCAACAUUCACCCCAUGCCGGUGCUGCUCAACCAACGUUUAUGCGUUGAGGAAGAUGGAGGAGCUGUCCUCUAUGAGAAUGAGAUCAACCAGCUAGUCAAUGCUUCCAGCUUCCACUAUAUACUCCUUGGUGUAGGUGAGGACGGCCACACUGCCUCACUGUUUCAAGAUAGUAAGCUUGACGAGAGUGCGGAAAGGCUUGUAACCCUCACAGAAAGUCCAAGCAAACCCCACCAACGAAUGAGCCUUACAUUCACUGCCAUCAACAAAGCUCGCAAGGUGGGGGUUCUAGCGAUGGGCAGGAGGAAGCAUGAGCUUGUCACUCAACUUAGCCGAAUUAAAGGUGAAUCAGCCAGGUAUCCAAUCACAAAAGUACAACCAACGAAUGGCAAUCUAAUCUGGUAUUUGGACUAUGAUGCACUUUUAGGGUAAAAAUCAGUUUAAAACAUAAUAGAUCUAAGAACUAUUCUUAACCAGAAUUUCUUUAAAACAUAGCUGUUGGAACAAAACCUUGUAUCUCCAUUUUUGUCACAGGCCAGCUGGCAUUUUCAAAUUCUAUGUUAAAAUUCCACGCAAUGGAAAUGCUGCAUUCAUUUUUUACAUGAGGAGAAAAAUCUUGCUCCAUUAGCUUCCAUUAAAAGCUAAAAUGAUUUUCCUUUUCCUGUGAAGUUAGUUUUGGAGAUAUGAAGUUUUGUUGCAACAGCGACAACAAGCUGUAUGAAAAUCUGCCUACAAGAUUGCUGGAAUUAAUUGAGUACUUUAAAUCUGAAAUUGUUUGCAUAGUUGUGAAUGUGUUUGUAUGGGAAAGAGUUUAAUUUUUAAAGUUGCACUUCAUUGUAUGUGGUCUACUGCAUUUGAAGGACUGUACCAUGUGUCCUGUAUUUGGAUAAUGCAGGACAGACUGUAUGAUGCAGCAAAUCAUACUGGGCCUCACAGUCUGCAAACUCAGAAACCCUAGUAAAUUACAUGAUGUAACAAAAAUACAGUGAUUUCAGGGAUGCUCUGAUGUGACUGUUUUAGUAAAGCUGUGCUAAUUAUAAAAGGACUUCUAUAUGUAGGUGCAUAUAUUGGAGCAUAAGUGUAAUUCUAACUAUCCAAUCAAGGUCUUGAUUAUUAUAGAUAUGACUGAUAUGAGUAUUCAUUCCAAAAUCAACUAGUUUGAAAUGUAAUUGGGGACAUUAGCCAGACCACAUUAUUAAUUUGAAAUGGUUUAGCAGAGCUGUAGUAAGGGAUGCUGGGAAUUAUCUUUCCCGAUGAUUUAUAAAUGUUAUAUGUUUCUGCCCGUGAUGGAGAUCAGGAAUGAUUUUUCUGUUUAACCCCUGGAUAUUAGACGCAUUACAUAUGUUUUUUUAGCCUUUGGAUGCAAGGGAAAAUAAUUUUUGAACACUGUGAAUAUAAAUAUUGAAAUUAAGUGGACUGCACUUUUUGUAAUUAAUAAUUUAAGCAAUACAAAAUGAUGUAAUUUUAUAGCACUAAAUAUUUAAACAUAUAUAAAGCAAACCUAUCUCCAAAUCCCCAAACUUAUGAAACUGUUUUGAUCAGUUCAGUGUGUAAUUAGCUACUGGACUUAAUCUGAGAAAGAUAAAACCCCAUUGAAGUUGCAAACCUAAAGUUUCAAAUAAUUGCAUCUUCAGCAUUACAGGAAUACUGUCUACCCAAAGCUGAUCAGUCCGUAAAGUCAUAAUAAAGAAGAGAUUAACCUGAACUUAAAUCAGCUACUGCGAGACGCUUCAUGAAUACGGACCCAGACCUGUUAAGUUGUACCCGUAGCCUCUUUAAAGACUUGCUUUGCAAAUGCAGAUUAAAGGUCAGUUCUGCUUUUAUACUUUCACUGUAUAUAUUCAACAAUAUUGUUUUAAUAAUAUUAAGACAGGCUAUACAUUUCAAGCUUUUACCACUUUUGUCAUUUCCAUGCUUUAACACCACUGAGAUAAUUGUGUGGGAUGUUCUGGUUGUACCUGUCACAAAGUAUGCACAUAAAUGCCUUAUGAUCUCAUUACAUUAAUUAGGCAAAAUAAUUACCACAUAAUAUUAAACUUUCAAGAGAACACUGAAAAUCUGUUUGGAAGGCUAGCUCUUAAAGCUGCAAUCCCAAACAGUACUUACUUCAAGUUUACUGAAGGUGCACAUAUAAAUAUAUACUAUACUAGUUAAAAGUUUGGAAUAUACACUGGAAUAUACAUUUGUUAUCAUCGUAUAGGGAUGUUAAUCUAAAUGCUUAUGCUUAAAAACACAAACUUAUUUCUAAUAAUACAAAUAGUGAGGUUGAUGCCUAUGCAUUAGGGUUGGACAAUAUGACAAUAUAUGUUGUUAUCAUGAUAAUACAAUACAAUAUGCCUUUUACAACAUUAUAUUUUUGCUGUGUCGUCCACCUCUACUAUCUGUAUAAAUAUUUUGAAAUGGCCCAAAAGUUUUUUUUUCCCCCCCCCCCCCCCCAGAAAUAUGUAUGCAGCGUGUGUAUCUUCUUCAGAUGCAUAGAGGGGCAACAUUUAUAAAAGCAUUUAAAGAAGACAGAAGUGAUGUCUUCACUAUUAUUAUAAAAUGUAAAAAAUAGUACAAUUGAGGAAGACCCUUCGAUGAGUAGGUGUGUCCAAACUUUUGACUAGUACUGUCUGUAGUUUCUCAGAACCAAAUUUGGCCUUCCAACUGCAUGCUUUUUGACCAGGCUUUGAAGUUUCCAAACGUGCACACAAUGCAACACACUGAGCCAGCGCAAGCAACUCAUACCUCCAAAAAAGUGCCUUAUUGUUAUUAUAUGUGUUUGAAUCAUGGUCCAAAUGACAGUACACAUGUCUUAUAUUUACUCAAAGAGAAACUCCUCAGUUCAUUCCAAAUUCUUUUAAACAAACAUUCUCUGAAAAGACACUUGUGGCAUAGUAACAGCCUUUUUAAUUCUAAGAGAUGAAGUGUUUGGAGAAAAGUCAGUUAAAAGUUAUAUUAGUGACAAACAUAAAUCUACACAAAUGUCUUAAGGCAACCUCAGGGAACAAAAUCUAAAUCAAGAGAAAUGUUGGAUAUGCCGCUUCAGUCUGUGAUGUGUCAUGAUGCGUAUUUUUAAAUAUUAUAGUGUUAUCCCUUUGUCAACGAUGUGUGGUCCCUUUUCUCAGGUACAGUCACUUUUCUGACACCGUUGGCAAAAGGGGCACUGGGGUAGAAUUUACUCUGGAUUGAAAGCUCAAGUAGACCGUACUGUAUACAGUACUGUAAAGAUAAAACAAUAUUGCCUCUGCAGUCUUCAUUUUUAUAUCACUUUUGAUAUUCUGUAGUAAUGAAUGACUAAAUGUUUUGGGUCAAAUAAUACAUGAAUUGGUAUUCUCUACAUGCCAGUGAAAUUGGCAUUGAUGCAAAUGUUACUGCCUUGGGUAUAUUGGGCUUAUUUGAUUUUGAAGGCUAAUUGUGUAAUCUUGGGUUCCAGUUUUCUUUUCUUUACCAUCACAUAAUGUGAAACACAUUCCUUCACUGUAUGCUGCCCAUGGAGCAGAGAGCAUUUGAGUUAUGGCCGACAACAUAUCUGAGUUUGAUCAAAGAAUGAAAUAAAGUUUUCAUAUGAGUGACUGAAA